AUGUUAAAUUCAAUUAAAAGUGAAUAUAACUAAACUUCUUCAUAAUAAGAUGAUGAACUUUGUUAAAAUUUAGAUGAUUUAAAAUAAAAUUCAGAAUGGAUUUUAGGUAUUUUUGAAGCAGGACGUGGACCUUUAAUUGGGCCUAUCAUAAUUACAGGAUGUUUUUGGCCUAUUCAAAAUCAUAAUUAUAUUGUCAAACAAUGUUCUUUAUCACUUAAUAAACAGUUUUACUAAAAUUAAACUGAAAGUUCAGAAAUAAUUUUUAAACUUAAAGGGAAAGCAUUACAAUUUGAAACAAUAGAAAUUAGCGCCUAAAAAUUAUCAACUAAAAUUUUAGCAUAUACACCAUCUGAUGUAAAUGAAAUUAGUAUAAAAUACACAUUAAAACUAAUAAAAUAAAUAAUUUCUAGUGGAUACAAAAUUCGUGGUAGUAAUUCCAUUUUAAAUAGAUAGAGUGUUAUAUUAAUCCAAUAGGUUUUAAAGAUAAUUUAAAUGAUCUUUAUAAAAAGGAGCUUAAUUUAUAAAAUGAUGAACUUAAAUUUAUUGUAGGAAUGCAUCAAACUAUAAUAGCAGCAUAAAUAGUAGCUUUGUAAGAGAGAAAUAUUAAAUUAUAAUAAAUUUAAUAAGAAAUUUAUCCUUAUGGAUAGAUGGGAUCUGGCUAUUCUUCUGAUAAAUUGACGAGAGAGUUUCUCUCUAAAGUAAGCAUUCCUGUUUUUAUAUAUCCAAAAGAAAUUAGAUUUGCAUGGUAAACUACAAAUGCUACUUUUAAAGAAAAAGCAAUUACUAUAGAAUAUUUAUCAGAAUAAAAUAGAAUGAAAUAAACUAAAGAAUAAUUUAUAGAAAAUCCUUCAAUUCUUGAAUAUGGAGAAUUACAAUUUGAAAAUUAUAAUUUAUGA